GCCAGAGACGAGUCGACGCCCGAAGUGAAGGUCAAACUGUUGGAGAAGAAGAUCAACGAUUUGCUGGAGGAGAGUGUGUUCGCCGCCCAACGCCUGGAGUAUAGCCUGAGUCUGGAAAAGGCCAAAGAGUGCGUCCAAAAGGAGCGAUCGCUGUCCCGCAUGAAAGAGCAGUCGACUUUAGCCGACACUAUUGCCCCAAACAGCGAUCUCUCGUUUGCCGUACUCUUCAAUUUGGCCGUUCAGUACACGAACGCCGACAUGUACUCCGAGGCCAUCAACACCUAUCAGUCAAUUAUCAAGAAUAGGACUUUCACUAAUACAGGCCGACUGAAGCUUAAUAUCGGAAACAUUUAUUUCAAACAAAAUAAUUAUCCAAAAGCUAUCAAAUUCUUUCGCAUGGCUUUGGAUCAAAUACCUACUAUUCAGAAGGACUUACGUUAUUAUCGUAUAUUCUUUGCGCUUCUGAAGAUAAUGCAAAACAUCGGCCUAUCGUUUGUGCGGUUGAAUCAGUUCGCGGACGCCAUCACGUCCUUCGAGUACAUAAUGUCUGAGAAAAUCGAUUCGAUGACAGCGUUUCAUCUGAUUGUCUGCAGCUAUGCGUUGGGCGACAGACCGCAGAUGAAGCAACACUUCGCCAAACUCUUGGAAGUGGUCAGCGAUGACACGUUUGAGGACAAGUACGCGAUGCACGCGGACAUCGGCGACGACAAUCUGGCCAAUCAU